AUGGUCAAGUUUAUCUCCCCGGACAAGGCGGGGCUCUUGUCCACCGUUCUUGAGUCAAUACUCUAUGGCUUUUCUGUCUUAAUGUUCAUCCUGACUAUGUGGGUUCUAAUUCGCGGACGCGGAAAAUCAAAAAUCAACAUACCUAUGGUCGUUGUUUCCAUGUUACUGUUUAUUUUGAGCACGAUUCACAUCGGGGUUGAUAUCAACAGGCUGAAUAGUGGGUUCAUCGUCUACCGCGAUUCGUUUCCCGGGGGCCCAGCAGCCUGGUUUGCCAACCCCAGCGAGAAAUCCUUUGUUUUCAAGAAUGCCGUCUAUACUUUACAAACAGUCCUGGGAGAUGGCGUCGUGAUCUUCCGGUGCUACAAAGUUUGGCAGUCAUUCUGGAUCAUUGUCAUCCCUUGCAUUCUCUGGUGUGGUGUCGCCAUUGCGGGCUCUGGCAGUGUUUAUACGUGUACGACGCCGCUCGCCGACCCAACAAGCAUCUACGCGCUGCAACUGGGUCGCUGGAUCAAAGCCUUUUAUUCUACAACACUUGCGUGUAAUUUCACCGCUACUGCACUCCUUUCAUACAAACUUUGGUCAAUCAACAAGCAGGUUGCUGCAACCCGAGUUGGCCGGGGAGUCGUACUUCCGGUUCUCUUGAUCGUCAUUGAUGCGGGAGUCCUCUACUCUGUGACCCUCGUCGCGGCCCUCACCUGUUUUGCACUGAACAGCAACGGCCAAUACGUGGUACUUGAUAUGGUUACUCCAAUCAUCAGUAUUGCGUUCUACCUGGUGAUCUUGCGGAUUGGCGUCGCUCGCAGCAAGACGCUUUCUGGCAGCGCGGUCAGCACGCUCAACACCACCAUGCCGCGACUGCCACUGUCUCGCACUGACGGCAACAACAGGAUGAAGAUCCAGAUCGACGUAGAGCAGGAGUUUGACCAGGAGACGAGGGAAGAAUACUCCGUCAAGGGUAGUCGUGGACACGCCAUGUAG